AAGAAAGAAAGAAAGAAAGAAAGAAAAUGAAGCAACGACACUAUGUGCGUAUUCUGCGCAAUCACUGCUCUUCGUGCAGUGCGUCACGCGCACUUCAUAAGCGCGUAUUUAGGUAUGUUUGGUCAAUAUAUGGCAACGCUGUGUGCGGAGGAGAGGAGGCAGGAGAUGACUGCUGCCCCCCUCACUUCUCCACUAACCUCUCAGGAGAGUGGGGGGAGACGGACUGCAUGGGGAACGUGCGGCUGCACAAUGAUCGCUUUUCUCUGAUAAAACGUUUGGAAGCGAAUUCGAAGAAGCGCAGUGAGCCAUGCGCACAUAGACCGUUUUGGCAGUUUGUGUUAAAGCCCUUUCUUUAAAGCUACAAGUGGUCUGGAGCCUGCUAUGGAGGACUUUGUGAGUCAAAAUGAGUCUGAGCAUUGACAAUGUCACAGACUUGUGGAAAAAUGGUUCCUCGAAACUCGACGGGGCGUCUUCCCAGUUCAAUUUCACUAACAGCUCUGGGGGUAACCAUACGGUGCGCAGCGAGAUGGACCUCACCCGAGCCAUCCCGCUCGGCUUGGUACUCGGGGCUUUCAUCGUGUUUGCCAUUGCGGGCAACAUCCUUGUAAUCCUCGCUGUGGUGUGCAACAGGCACCUGCGGACCCCGACCAAUUACUUCAUCAUCAACCUGGCUAUCGCGGACCUGCUGCUGGGCACCACGGUGCUGCCUGUGUCAGCCACACUGGAGAUCCUGGACUACUGGGUGUUCGGCAGGAUCUUCUGUGACAUUUGGGCGGCGGUGGAUGUGCUGUGCUGCACCGCGUCCAUCAUGAGCCUGUGCGUAAUAUCUAUUGACCGCUACAUUGGAGUGAGCCACCCGCUGCAGUACCCGGGUAUCGUGACGGAGAAGCGGGCUCUGCUGGCCAUGCUUGGGGUCUGGGCGCUGUCGGUGGUCAUCUCCAUCGGCCCUCUGCUCGGGUGGAAGCAGCCACCGUCGCCGGACGACACGAUAUGUCCCAUCACCGAGGAGCCGUUUUACGCGCUCUUCUCCUCCCUCGGCUCCUUCUACAUCCCUCUCGUCGUUAUACUGGCCAUGUACUGCCGUGUGUACAUAGUCGCCAAAAGGACCACUAAGAACCUGGAGGCAGGUGUGAUGCGGGAGAGGAUGAACUCCAGCGAGUUGACCCUCAGGAUCCACAAGGGAUCUCAGGUGCACGAGGAUCCCGGCAGUUCUGGCACGGGGAAGGGUCGCGCGAACCAGGCUAGAAGUUCGCUCACGGUAAAACUGCUGAAAUUCUCCCGGGAGAAGAAAGCAGCUAAAACUUUGGGAGUUGUGGUCGGCAUGUUUACCCUUUGCUGGCUGCCCUUCUUUCUCGCCUUACCCAUAGGGUCCUUUAAUGUGCACCUGCGGCCACCUGAAUCCCUCUUCAAAGUAAUCUUCUGGCUUGGUUACUUCAACAGCUGCCUGAACCCCAUCAUCUACCCCUGCUACAACCGCGAAUUCAAGCUGGCUUUCAUCCGGAUCCUGAAAUGCCAGUGUCACCAGCGCAAGCGUCCCGGCUGGAGAGAGUAUAAUUACCGUUCCUCCACCUUCAGCUCCUCUGGAAACUCACGCAAAAACUCAACGGACCACAACUCCGGCUGUCUGAACGGAAGCCAGCGUACUCUGCCGUCCUCAGCCAGCCCGAGCCCGAGUUACCUGAGUAUGGGUCUGCCGCCUUGCCCUGAGGGGGAAGCAUUAUACAUCUGGGGAGCUACCACCCCGACUCCCUCCACCCCCAACCUGCUGCCCGGCAGCCCCAUCGAUUGCCAGCCGACAGCUCUGAGAGGGGGGAGAACCGCUGAGGAAACUACAGGAGGAGUUUUCUCUUUCUCCUUUGUGAAGAAUAAAGAUAAGGGAGGGGUCAACAAAGACCUUAUUGUGCCUGUUGACAAAGUGUGACUCAUUCGUCGUACUAAGAUGAGACUUACUGGUUCAUUCCUUAUAGGGAUCACGGUAACAAACAGAGCAGGGAGGUAGGGUUUCACAGGCUUCACUGUACAUGAUCCCAUGAUCAUUCAUCAGUCAGUGGAUUAUCAUUGUCAUAAGCUGUCAAUGUAAGGUGAAGAGUACUGACUAUGCUGCUGUAUCACAGGUAUGUUGUUCCAUGUUGCUGUAACUGAGAUUGAAAGUAGAGUUUCUUUCAGUAGACAGUAACAGCUCUGACACAGUGUUUGCUGCCCUCUUGGGACUGGACACAAAUCUGUGCAUGCAUGGUUUUUUUGUUUAUUCAGACUCUAGGAGAAAAGACUGAAAGGACCUCCAUCCAGCACAGCCUCUCACUCCCUUUCAGUUACAACUCCACAUCUGCUCUGUACAAGAGCGAACGUGUCGAAGAACCCGAGUCGUGUAAAAAGCGUGGAAAGACAAACGAUCACUGUUCUGUUGCAGUCACUUGGUAUCUUUAUGGUAUAUUGUGGAAAUAAAGUAUAACCUGUUUUAUCUGCUGUGCACACAAUCAUCCCAUAUCAUCUUCUUUGUAUGUUUGUAGAAAUGUGAUGAAUAAAUAAAAGUAGAACGUUGCUUGAAUUUUG